UGUUUUACUUUCAGUAGUAAGUAAUAAUAUAAUUUCGAAUGGUGUUAGUAGAAGAAAAGUAAAAUGUCUAAAAUAUUUUGUUUAAUUUUGAUAACAACGUUGCUUGUUAACAGGAGCUUUCAACGUUCUGCAUAUGGUCAACAAGGAGGACCAGGUGUAGGAGGAAGUCAACAAGGAGGAUCAGGUGGACAAGGAGGUCAACAAGGAGGACCAGGUGGACAAAGAGGUCACCAAGGAGGUCCUGGGGGACAUGGAGGUCGACAAGGAGGACUAGGUGGACAAGGAGGUCAACAAGGAGAACCAGGUGGCCAAGGAGGUCAACAAGGAGGACCAGGUGGACAAGGAGGCCAUCAAGGAGGUCCUGGGGGACAUGGAGGUCGACAAGGAGGACUAGGUGGACAAGGAGGUCAACAUGGAGGUCCAAGUGGACAAGGAGGUCAACAAGGAGGUCCAAGUGGAAAAGGAGGUCAACAAGCUGGACAAGGUGGACAAGGAGGUCAAUACGGAGGACAAGAUGGACAAAGAGGUCCAGGUGGACAAGGAGGUCCAAAUGGACAAGGAGGUCAACAAGGUGGACAAGGAGGUCAAUAUGGAGAACAAGGUGGACUAGGAGGUCAAUACGGAGGACUAGGUGGACAAGGAGGUCCAGGUGUUCCUUCUGGUCCAGGUGGAGGAGAAGGUCAGGGGCCAGGUGAACAUGGAUCAGAUAGACUGUCCCAACCAUCACCUACAAACCAGGUCAAUCCACCUAGUCAUACAUAAUAUCAACCAAUUAAAGGACCGGCAGCACCGAGGCCUAUUGCUUAAUAAAGUCAGAAAUAAUUAAAUACUUUCUAAGAUCCUACAUGGGCUGAUCAAUAUUCUGAAAUUGGAAGAAUGACAUUUAGGUCGAAAACAUUCCUUAAUAAAAUUAAUCUAAAUUAAAUCAAAA